GGGAUGGCCAGGCAGCAUCUCAUCUGUUCACAGACAAAUACGGCAAAGCGCCAUUCACGGCUGCAAUUUAUCCUUAAUGUUUGCUUUCAGGGGAAUUUGCAAAUCUACCACAGUUGAUUAACGGUAACCCGGACCAUCUAUGGGGUAAUGUGUUGAAAAUUUAAAUGAUAUAGCGUCAGCUGAGCGUAAAUGGGGCUGCUGGAUAAGCUGUCAGGCUGGCUCGGCCUGAAGAAGAAAGAAGUCAACGUUUUGUGUCUGGGACUGGACAACAGCGGCAAAACCACCAUCAUCAACCAACUCAAGCCGCCUAAUCAUCCAAAUCAUUUAGGUCCAUUGUCAGAAGAAUGGAAACAUGUUAGUCAGACACAGGCACAAGAGAUCGUCCCCACCAUCGGCUUCAACAUUGAAAAGUUCAAGAGUUCGAGCCUGUCGUUUACAGUCUUUGACAUGUCCGGCCAGAGCAGAUACAGGAGCUUAUGGGAGCAUUAUUACAAGGAGAGCCAUGCUAUCAUAUUUGUCAUCGACAGCAGCGACAAACUGAGAAUGGUAGUUGCCAAGGAGGAGCUGGAUACGUUUCUUAACCAUGAAGAUAUCCGAAGCAAAAACAUACCAGUAUUGUUCUUCGCCAACAAGACGGACCUGCGGGACGCCAUGUCAUCGGUGAAGGUGUCACAGAUGUUGUGUUUGGAGAACAUCAAAGACAAACCCUGGCACAUCUGUGCCAGCAAUGCCAUCAAAGGAGAGGGCCUGCAGGAAGGGCUGGACUGGCUACAAGAUCAUAUCAAAACGAUGAACAAAUGAACAAUCAUUCCUGAUCAUGGAGAGAUGGAUCAAAGAACUGGAACUUUCACUGCUCAAAGUUUUCAUCAAACUGGAUGUUGUAGGCCUUAAACUUCACUGUAAAACAGCUAAGUAGUUCCUUCCUGUUCUACACCUUCAAACCCCUAUUUAGCUUUUCUUUUUUUUUUUUUUAAAAGGAGUAGCGCAAUUUAAAUAUGACAAAUGGGUAAAUUGUUUAACACGCCUCCCGAUAGAUCCCUGUCUUAGAUUAAUAUAAACAUAUAAUGUGAAAGCCAUCUGAACUGAAUGCAGACACAAAAUGUAUUUACUUUUUUCUGUAUACACUAAUAUUGAUUUUUUUUUAAUCUGUUGCUUUUUUCUUUUUUAAUUCAACGACACACGUUUUAAUAAUUUCAUCCACUGCACAAUUUUGAAAAUGCUGUUAAUGUCAAAUGUUGCACUAAGUGGAGAUAAAUAAAA